UUAUUCCUGUCGAAAACACACAUCAGUUUCAUCAGUUUAAACGAGAACGUUGUAUAGUCAACAUCACCAAUUAAAACAAUUGUGGCGGAGUGUAUUUUCUGCUAAAAAUGUUCUUGAUAGCGGUUAUUUUGGGUGUUAUCACUGUAUUUUACACUUGGUUAAAAUGGAAUUAUUCAUAUUGGAAAAGAAAUAAGGUUCCAGGACCGGAGCCAAAACUUUUUGUCGGAAAUAUUGGCUCAACUUUUACAUUCACAGAGCAUUGGGGCGUCACAACAGCCAAUUGGUAUAAACAAUUUUCAAAUGAACCAUACAUCGGGUAUUAUAAAAUGUUUAAACCAGCUGUUUUAAUUCGUGAUCCCGAUUUGGUAAAAGAUGUGAUGAUUACGAAUUUCAAUUCAUUUCGUGACAAUGAUUUUGCGUUGAGCAAGAAAUUUGAUCCACUUUUUGCAACCAAUCCAUUUUUGACGCGUGAUGAAGAAUGGCGAGAGGGUCGAAAAAUGAUCUUGCCCGCAUUCUCUCAAAGCAAAAUUAAAAGUAUGAUGCCAGUGAUGAAAGGUGUUGGAACCGAUUUUAUUAAAUUUCUCAAGUCAUAUCCGGCCAAUACAGAUUUCAACGCAAAACAUAUUGCAGUUCGAUUUACAACAGAAAAUGUUAUAAAAUGCACUUUUAGCAUAAAUCCAGGAUGCUUCGAUAAGAAUGUGGAAUCCGAAUUCUUAAAAAUAGGAAAAACUCUCUUUGAACCAUCGUUUUGGGUCGGAAUGAAAUUUUUGGUCCACCCUAUUUUACCGCAAUGGGCUUUGGAUCUUAUUCCAAUACCAUUUCUUCCAUCGUCAAUCGAUCAUUUGUUUCGAACGUUAGUCGGUACAAACAAAGCCUCUCGAUCAAAAGACCUUCAAAGCUAUGACAUUCUACAAAUAUUUCUUCAACUACAACAAAAACACAAUUUUGAUGACACGAGUUUAGCUGGCCAUACUCUAUCUUUGUUCAUUGAUGGUACGGAGACAUCAAGCACUGCAUUAUCAUAUGCAUUUUAUGAAUUGGCGUUGAAUCCACAUUGCCAAGAUAAAGCUCUGAAUGAAAUAAAACAAACACUCGAAAAACAUGAUGGCACAUUAACGGCCGAAGCUCUGCAGAGCAUGAUUUAUAUUGAAGGCAUAUUAUUGGAAGCAUUACGAAAACAUCCAGCUCUGAUUGUGUUGACAAAAGUAUGUACAGAAAAGUACACAUUACCAAAAACCAGUGAACAAUCGGAACCGACCACUAUUUAUCCAGGCACCGUGGUAAACAUUCCUUUGUUGGGAAUUCAUAGAGAUUCAAAAUAUUACCCAGACCCAGAUAAAUUUGAACCGGAAAGAUUUAAUGAAGAAGAGCAACGUAAUCGUCAUAAGGGAACAUAUUUAGGUUUUGGCGAAGGACCUCGAAUUUGUCUAGGCCAACGAUUUGGAAUCACACAAGCAAAGGUCGCAUUAGUUCAUAUUAUUCAAAAUUUCCACAUCAAAUUGUCACCGAACCAUAAGCCAAUUGUAAUCGACGCACAAACACUUUUAUCACAUCCAAAAGACGGAAUUCUUAUUCAACUUGAAGCUCGUUAAUUGAUUUGAUUUGUAUUAUUUGUGCCACUUACGAAAUGAUAUGGUUCAAAGGCGCUUUUUCAUAUGUAUAAUUAUCAAUUUGAUUCGAGUGCCAUGAUUACUUCAUAUAGGGUGUGAAUCAUAAUUAUCAAUUGUUCGUGACCUUGAUUGUGUUAAUAAAAUAUAAUUGAAAUAAAUCGUUUAAAUCAAGUAUAAAA